CUAAUUUCCCCCUCAAUUUCCAUUUUUUUCCCUCGUCUUUUUCUCUCGGUGGUUUUGAAUAAAUGGCGGCGGCGGGAGACGGCAGAACGGCGAGUUCCUCAGCCUACGAAGGCGGAGGAGCUGGAGGAAAGUUCCGGAGACGACCGUUCCGUAAGAACCAGACUACUCCUUACGAUCGACCACCGACUGCCCUCCGGAACCCUAGUUGGCUCACAAAGCUCGUUGUCGAUCCUGCCACGAAGCUCAUCACUUCCGGUGCUCGACGGUUCUUUUCUUCGAUCUUCCAAAAACGUCUUACCCCUGCUCCGACGCCAUUGCCACUACCUCCGAUGCCAUUGCCACCUCCUCCAGAAGCAAGACAAGAAUCAAAAGAUGUGCAGCAGGAGUCUUGUCUUAAAGAUCAUGCUGGAGCAGUAGUAGCCACUGGACAUGAAGUUCGCAAUGCUGCAUGCAGCUCUGACGACAGUGCAUUCUCAGAGCUUGAGCAACUGUUGAAACAAAAGACAUUCAGCAGGGAUGAAAUUGAUCGCUUGACAGAACUUUUGCACUCCAAAACUGUAGAUACCCCUGCUGGGAAUGAUAAGGGUGCUGUUGCUACCCCUGUCACAAGUUCAAGAGCCCCUAAAGGGAAUGUUGCAUCGGCUGCUGAACUUGCAAAAGCUUACAUGGACACUAGGCCAUCAAAGGCUAGUGUGAGAGUAGAUUCACCAGAGCUAAAAAAUGUAGCAUAUUCCCAAAAUUUGCCUAUUACAUCAGUGACUACAAAGACUGCUGGUCUUAUUGGGGUUCAAGUAAAUGGAUUUACCCCUCCAAGGUCUCGUGGAAGAUCUGCAAUAUACCACAUGGCUCGCACACCGUACUCCAGACUUCGUCAAACUGAUGGUCAAAUGGCAAGUAGCUCCACACAUAAUGCUUAUAGCGGGCCUUCUUUAUCUGAGUCAGUCUUGGAGCAUGAUGGAUAUUUUGGCUCUAAACAGCCCCUCAAACGGAGAAGUUCUGAUCUGGAAGAUGAUAUCGGCUCUGUUGGCCCCAUUCGCAGGACUCGACAGAAACCAAAUCUCCUGUCACAUGGAAUUUCACGUCCUAGUCCUGGAGGAGUUGCUUCUGCUGCUGCUGAUGUGCCUACAAGGUAUGUUCACAUCCCUCCCAAGCCCAGUGAGACAGCUGCAAAGAUAUUGGAGCAUCUUGAAAAUCUGACCCCAAAGGAGAAGUCAUCAGAAUCAAGACUAGCUGCAGGGAGUGAUAAAACACCCAAGAAAUUGUCACCAAACAUGCUUCGCGGACAAGCUCUUAAAAGCUUGGAGUCUUUGGAUUCUCCCAAGCUGCUACAGAGUGCACAAGACAGCCAUAAGUUGGAAAAUUGGUCUAAGGUUAUUCCAACCAAUGGCCAUGAUUCUAGUUUGCAGAAGCAAGGCAAAAUAGAACAACAUCGGCAAAAUGAAUCUAUUAACAGGCCACCUGUUGUAGCAAAGAAUAAUGAAAAAAAUUCAUUUGAAGAUGCUCAACAUGCUCAACCAGGUGUGGAAACAGCUGAUUCACUGGAUAAGAAGUCUUCAGUUCCACCUCAGAAGAAGCAUGCUUUUAGGAUGAGUGCACUUGAGGACUCGUUUGAGAUGGAUGAGGAUAUAAACUUUGACAAGUCUGCCUCUCAAUUGGCUGAAGGAAGAGAUAAGAUGGGUAUAUCUGGUGCUGAAAAGAAGUCUCUGUCUACUGAUGAAGCCCUGAACAAGCCCGCUUCUCUUUCUGAAACAAAUGCUAACCUGGGGAUUUUGAACAAAAGAAAUGAUAUGAAGGUUCCUGAUGCUGCUCUUAUCAGCGUCAGCAGCCCCAGUUUCCUGCCCAGUUCUGAUCCCCUGUCACCGGAGGUUGUCCCACCAUCAUUUGGGUCAAACAAAUCAAAGGAGUCGAGUGGUGACAAGGUCCCAGCUCUUCUAUUUUCAUCAUCAUUCCCUCUCUCAGGGUUAAAACCAGAAAGCUCAAGCAGUUUAUCCAACCCUGCUUUUGGCCUGGCUGGUGCUUCAUCGGAGCUCCUUGAGUCAGAUAACUCACAGAAGGAUGGGAAAAGCAAUGGGAAAUUAGAACCUUUAUCAUCUGGUUUAUCACCUUCAGUUUUAUUUGCUGCUCCAUCAAGCACUUCUAGCUUCAGUAAUGGACAGUUCACACCUAGUCCUGCUAUCUCAGCCACUUCUCUCUUGGCAUCAAGUAAUUCCCCCAAGGAUGUUCAAUCUUACAGUUCAAGUGAGGUUGCCCAUUCCACAAGCAUUUCAGCUGCUGUUGGUGGUGGUCUGUUUGGUUUUGCUGCAGCAUCUUCAGUAUCAACUGAACCUCUUAUCAAAUCUGGUCCCUCUGAAGUUCCACCAAUGGUGUCAACGCUAUCAACAGCUUCCACUGCAGACGAUGCAGACCUGAAAACCAAAGCAGCUAAUUCUGACAACUUGAGUAGCAGUUCACCUUUUGCGGGCUCAUCAUUUGCAUCUACAAGUCCUGGAAAUAGUAUUUUUGGUUUUAGUUCAUCAGGAAUGUCCACAGUUACUACAGCUAGUGUCCUGUCUCAGAGUUCCGUUUUCAGCACUGGAGCUCAGUCACUUGUUAGUGCUCAAACUUCUCUCACUGGAUCAGACAAUACCAGAGUCACACAGAGUGUUCCUGCUCAUUUUGGAUCAUCUACUACAUCACCAGAAGUGGGCAAUUCCGGAAUGACAUCUUUCUCCUCUGUCGGUUCUGCUUCAAGUAAUACUGGCAUAGUUUCUGCUGCUGCUUCAGAUAGCAACCCCGUUGGCUCCAGCGCUGCUGCUUUUGGAAAUUUUAGUUUUGGGGCAAGUUCUUCAACCUCAUCUACGAUGAGUAGUUCAGUCGGACCUAGCAGUGGGACAACUCAGCUGGCGUUCACUUUUGGUGCUAGUCCGGCAGUUCAUGCAGCCACCACUGCACUUGCCACUUCCAGCAAUGCUACUUCUGCUAUAUUUAGUUUUGGUAAUAAAUCUUCAUCUUCCUCGGCAAAUGCCGUCGACACCUCUACCCGCCCUAGUCCUAGCACAUUUAAUUUUGGUGGUAGUUCUUCAGCUUCCUCAUUGAACAAUGUCAGCAUGUCUAAUAGUGCUGCUCCUGGAAUAUUUAGUUUUGGUGGUGGUUCUUCAGCUUCUUCAACCAAUACUGUCAGCACCUCCACCAAUGCUACUCCUGGUGUAUUUAGUUUUGGUGGUGGUUCUUCAGCUUCUUCAACCAAUACUGUCAGCACCUCCACCAAUGCUACUCCUGGCGUGUUUAGUUUUGGUGGCAACUCUUCGGCUUCCUCAACAAAUACUGUCAGCACCUCUACCAGUGCUACCGCUGGCAUAUUUAAUUUUGGUGCUAGUUCUUCCAUUCUGUCAACAAAUACUGUCAGCACCUCCACUAGUGCUGCCCCCGGCGUAUUUAGCUUUGGUGCUAGCUCUUCAGUUUCGUCAACAAAUGCUGUCAAUGCCACCAGCACAGUCAGUCCUAGUCCAUUUGCUUUUGGUGCCAGUUCUGCCUCUCCACAAACUUCCAGUGCUGCUGGAAUUUUAGGUUCCAAUUGGCAGGCCCCUAAGUCUCCUGGCUUUAGUUCCCCAUUUAGUUCUGCUACCCCUACUGGGUUUGCAUUUGGAGCAUCUUCAUCUUCUUUUACUCCUCCAGCCACCACUGCUGCGGUCUUUGGAUCAGCACCCAGUACUCCUAGUGGACCAGCCUUUCCAUUUGGUUCAACUUCUUUGACAAAUCCGUCUACGCAGGCCAUAUUUGGGAACUCUACUUCUCCUUUUACUGCAUCCCCUGGGAAUAAUAACCAGAUGACCAUGGAAGACAGCAUGGCCGAGGACACUAUGCAUGCAUCUUCCCCUGCAGUUGCUUUUGGUCAACCUUCUGUCUCGCCCUCUCCUGGUGGUUUCAUGUUUGGUUCAACACCUAAUCCAUUCCAAUUUGGUGGCCAGCAGAAUCAGGCAGCUGCUGCUGCUGUUCAGAAUCCAUCUCCAUUUGCAGCAUCAGGCAGUUUAGGUGCUGGAGGGAGUUUCUCAUUGGGUAGCAAUGGUCCUGACAAAUCAGGUCGAAAGAUUGUCAAAGUUAAUAGAAAUAAGAACAGAAGGAAGUGAAGCAGUUGGCAACAACAUUGGAUCCUCAUGGUAGAUAUUGUUGGCAAGAUGAUUAAUUUUUCGAUGAUAUAUCAGCAGCCAUGGUUUAUGGGUUUGCGCUAUUCUCUUUUUUCUUUUUUUAAAUCUUGCGCUUUGUAGAUCUGCAUCUCCAGGAAGUGAAGAUCUUGUAAUCCUAUCAUCUUUUUUGGCAUAAAGUGUCACAAUUUUGGGCAACAUUUCUUGGUAAAGUGGUUGUAGUUGUAUCAGUAGGGGGCUGUAAGAGAGCCUGGUUAGCCUUUGUUUUUUCUUUCUAUAAAUUCGUUU